ACUAGUGUGGCUUGCAUGCUAUCAACACAUUGCACGGCCGGCUGCUAGUUUCUUUACAUCAUGGCGGACUAAGGAUAGAGUAACAGUUUAAUUUAUUGUGCGGAAAUAAAAUUGUUUUGUGAAAGCUGCCAACAUGGUGAAGGAACAGUUCAGAGAGACUGAUGUGGCGAAGAAAAUAAGCCACAUCUGCUUUGGGAUGAAGUCUGCUGAACAGAUGCGGCAGCAGGCCCACAUCCAGGUCGUCAGUAAAAAUCUGUACAGCCAAGACACCAAACGCACUCCUUUGCCUUACGGAGUGUUGGACCACCGGAUGGGAACCAGUGAGAAAGACAGACCAUGUCUGACAUGUGGGAAAAAUCUGGCAGAUUGUUUAGGGCAUUACGGCUACCUGGAUCUGGAGCUGCCCUGCUUUCACGUCGGCUACUUCAAAGCAGUUAUUGGAAUUUUGCAGAUGAUUUGCAAGACAUGUUCCAGCAUAAUGCUGAUCAAAGAGGACAAACAGCAGUUUAUGGAUUUCUUGAAGCGCCCCAACCUGGCCUAUUUGCAGAAACGAGGGCUGAAGAAGAAGAUCUCUGAUAAAUGCCGCAAAAGAACAACCUGCUUGAACUGUGGUGCUUUCAAUGGACCUGUGAAAAAGUGUGGCUUGCUAAAGAUCAUCCAUGAGAAGUAUAAAACAACUAAAAAGGUGGUGGAUUCCUUUGUGUCUGAUUUCCUGCAGUCCUUUGAUAUUGCCAUCGAGCACAACAAACUAAUGGAGCCUUUGUUGCCCAGAGCACAGGAAAACCUAAACCCUCUGGUGGUUCUUAACCUGUUUCGGAGAAUUCCAGCAGAAGAUAUCCCUCUGCUGCUGAUGAAUCCAGAGGCGGGGAAGCCUGCGGAUCUCAUUAUCACCCGCCUGCUCGUGCCUCCUCUCUGCAUCCGACCGUCUGUGGUCAGCGAUCUGAAAUCCGGCACCAACGAGGACGAUCUCACCAUGAAGCUGACAGAGAUAAUCUUCCUCAACGAUGUCAUCAAAAAGCAUCGCAUGACUGGAGCGAAAACCCAGAUGAUCAUGGAGGACUGGGACUUCCUGCAGCUGCAGUGUGCCCUUUACAUCAACAGUGAACUUUCUGGCAUUCCCCUCAAUAUGGCACCUAAAAAAUGGACCAGAGGCUUUGUGCAAAGAUUGAAGGGAAAACAAGGCCGAUUCAGAGGAAACCUCUCAGGAAAAAGAGUGGACUUCUCUGGAAGAACUGUCAUUUCCCCUGACCCAAAUCUAAGGAUUGAUGAGGUUGCUGUCCCUGUUCAUGUGGCUAAAAUCCUGACAUAUCCAGAGAAGGUAAACAAAGCCAAUCUGGAGCUAAUGAGAAAACUUGUCCGUAACGGCCCAGACGUUCACCCUGGAGCAAACUUUAUCCAGAACCGUCACACACAGAUGAAAAGGUUUUUGAAGUAUGGGAACCGUGAAAAGAUAGCUCAGGAGCUGAGGUUUGGUGACGUGGUGGAAAGGCAUCUGAUUGAUGGAGACAUCGUCCUUUUCAAUCGACAACCUUCUCUGCACAAACUCAGUAUCAUGGCCCACAUUGCUAAAGUCAAACCACACAGGACAUUUCGGUUUAACGAGUGUGUUUGCACCCCGUACAAUGCCGACUUUGACGGUGAUGAAAUGAAUCUCCACCUGCCUCAGACAGAAGAAGCCAAAGCUGAAGCCCUGGUCCUGAUGGGGACUAAAGCUAACCUUGUUACACCAAGAAAUGGCGAACCUCUGAUUGCAGCUAUUCAGGACUUUCUGACAGGUGCGUACCUGUUGACGCUGAAGGACACCUUCUUUGAUAGAUCAAAAGCCUGCCAGAUUGUUGCAUCAAUACUUGUGGGAAAAGAUGAAAAAAUCAGGAUCUCUCUCCCUCGCCCUGCUAUCAUAAAGCCAAUUACUCUGUGGACAGGUAAACAGAUCUUCAGUGUCAUUUUGAAGCCAAGUAAGGAUUGUCCUGUCGACGCAAACUUGCGGACCAAAGGCAAACAGUACUGCGGCAAAGGAGAAGAUCUCUGUCACAACGACUCAUUUGUGGUGAUUCACAACAGUGAGCUGAUGUGUGGAAGCCUGGACAAGGGCACCUUGGGAUCCGGCUCCAAGAACAACAUUUUCUACAUCUUGCUGAGAGACUGGGGACAGCUGGAGGCUGCUAAUGCCAUGUCUCGCCUGGCAAGACUCGCUCCGGUGUAUCUCUCCAACAGAGGUUUCUCUAUUGGAAUCGGUGACGUGACUCCUGGGACGGGUUUGUUGAAGGCCAAGCAAGACCUUCUGGAUGAUGGCUACAAAAAGUGUGACGAAUACAUAGAAGCUCUGCAGACAGGCAAGCUGCAGCAGCAGCCAGGCUGCACAGCAGAGGAGACUCUGGAGGCUCUCAUUUUGAGAGAGCUCUCAGUGAUCCGAGACCGAGCUGGCAGUGCCUGUCUCAGGGAGCUUGAUAAGAGCAACAGCCCCCUCAUUAUGGCUCUUUGUGGUUCCAAAGGAUCCUUCAUUAAUAUCUCCCAGAUGAUUGCCUGUGUGGGUCAGCAGGCUAUAAGUGGCUCUCGAGUCCCAGAUGGGUUUGAAAACCGCUCCUUGCCUCACUUUGAGAAACACUCAAAACUGCCUGCUGCUAAAGGUUUCGUAGCCGACAGCUUCUAUUCUGGUCUGACACCCACCGAGUUCUUCUUCCACACCAUGGCUGGUCGAGAGGGUCUGGUGGAUACAGCCGUGAAAACUGCAGAGACUGGCUACAUGCAGAGGCGUCUGGUGAAGUCCCUUGAGGAUUUGUGCUCUCAGUACGACCUGACAGUGCGCAGCUCCACCGGUGACAUCAUCCAAUUUAUUUAUGGUGGUGAUGGCUUGGAUCCGGCUGCUAUGGAAGGAAAGGAUGAGCCGCUGGAGUUUAAGAGAGUUCUGGACAACAUCAGGGCGGUCUACACAUGCCCAAAUGAGCCUGCCCUGAGUCAGAACGAGCUUGUCCUUACUGCUGAUAACAUCAUGAAGCGAGCUGACUUCUUGUGCUGCAGAGACAGCUUUUUGGAGGAAAUAAAGAAAUUUAUAAGGACCAUGUCGGAGAGGAUCAAGAAGACCAGAGAUAAGUACGGCAUCAAUGAUAACGGGACUACUGAGCCAAAGGUUCUUUAUCAGUUGGACCGCAUUACCCCAACCCAACUAGAGAAGUUUUUAGAAACCUGCAGAGACAAGUAUAUGAGAGCUCAGAUGGAGCCCGGUUCAGCAGUCGGAGCUCUCUGUGCUCAGAGCAUCGGCGAGCCAGGCACUCAAAUGACACUGAAAACCUUUCACUUUGCUGGCGUGGCGUCAAUGAAUAUCACUCUGGGGGUGCCUCGCAUUAAAGAAAUUAUUAAUGCCUCCAAGAAUAUAAGCACCCCUAUAAUCACGGCUCACUUGGAUAUAGAAGACGACGCUGACUUUGCCCGGCUGGUGAAGGGCAGAAUUGAGAAAACUCUUCUUGGAGAGAUUUCUGAGUACAUUGAAGAGGUUUUCCUCCCAGAUGACUGCUUCAUCCUGGUGAAGCUGUCUCUGGAGAGAAUAAGGCUGCUGCGAUUGGAGGUGAAUGCAGAGACGGUGCGGUACUCGAUAUGCAUGUCUAAGCUACGAGUAAAACCCGCAGACAUUGCUGUGCACGGCGAAGCGGUGGUCUGUGUGUCUCCACGAGAGAAUAACAAGAGCUCGAUGUACUACGUGCUGCAGUCCUUAAAGGAAGAACUUCCUAAGGUGGUGGUUCAGGGAAUACCCGAAGUUGCCCGAGCUGUCAUUCACAUCGACGAACAAAAGGGAAAGAACAAGUACAAACUCCUGGUGGAGGGCGACAACCUGAGAGCUGUCAUGGCCACGCAUGGCGUCAACGGAAGCAGGGCCACCUCAAACAACACGUAUGAGGUUGAGAGGACUUUAGGUAUCGAAGCUGCGAGAUCCACCAUCAUUAAUGAGAUUCAGUACACCAUGGUGAACCACGGCAUGAGCAUUGAUCGACGUCACGUCAUGCUUCUGGCAGACCUCAUGUCCUACAAGGGGGAGAUCCUGGGAAUUACCAGGUUUGGAUUAGCCAAAAUGAAGGAGAGCGUCCUCAUGCUGGCCUCGUUUGAGAAAACAGCCGACCACCUCUUUGACGCUGCCUACUUCGGACAAAAAGACACUGUCUGCGGUGUGUCGGAGUGCAUCAUUAUGGGAAUUCCAAUGAAUAUUGGAACAGGACUGUUUAAACUCCUACACAAGGCUGACAAGGAUCCCAAUCCCAUCAUGAGACCACUCCUCUUUGAAAAUGCAGACUUUCAUAUACCUCUGUUCACGUAGCAGCAACAAACGAAACCGCAUGAAAGUUUGAAGCUUAGUUAUUCAUAGUGUCAGAAAAAUACAAGUGCCUGCUAUGAGUCCCAUUUCCUUUUUGAAGAUCUGACACUAAAUAAGAUUGUCUUGUCUUUUUAGUUACUCAUCAUGUUGCUGCCUUAUGUCACAACUGUAGGAUUGCUGUUUUACAAAGAGAUGGCGAUAUAUAAUUUUUUUUUUUCGAUCUGCAAUAAAACUGCGGUGAAUCAGAAAAAACAGUGCUAAACAAUGUUUUCUCUAUUAUAACCUAAUGUUCUCAGACUGGGAAGACAGGCCUCUGAAUUAUUAAUGUUAGAACUGCAGUGUCGUAGUUUUACCUCCCUAAUCAUGAAGAAACUGAAGGUAUCUUGUCUCUGUUCAGUUUGCGCUGUUGAAAUUGUCCAAUCUUUGCAAUGCAGCUUUUGACAGUUCAUCAUUUUGUUUCCAGCUACUGAAAACUAUUUGUUUGUGUGGAGAAGAAUCCGGUAAUAAUAAUAAUAAUAAGUAUAUAGUUAUAAAAGUUAGAGAUGAAAACAUUUUUUUUUCUUUUGUUCUGGUUGUAAACUGUUUCAUAAUUAAAGACUUGUGUUUUCUUACA